AUGUGGAGGCUGAAGAUUGCCGAGGGCGGCGGGCCGUAUUUGUACAGCACAAACAACUUCGUCGGGCGGCAAGUAUGGGAGUACGACGAGAACGCCGGGACGCCAGAGGAGCGAGAGGCGCAGCUCGUCGAUUUCCAGAAGGCUCGCGAAGAGUGGAGCGAGAACAGGAAGAAAGGAUUCCAUUCAUGCGGAGAUUUGUUUCUGAGAUUGCAGCUGAAGAGGGAGAGCGGAAUCGAUCUACUCGGGAUUCCUCCGGUGAGGAUUGGAGAGAAUGAAGAGAUUAGUUAUGAAGCUGCAACGACCGCGGUCAAGAAGGCCUUGCGGGUGAACCGGGCGGUCCAAGCCAGCGAUGGCCAUUGGCCGGCCGAGAAUGCCGGCCCGCUUUUCUUCACUCCUCCUUUGCUGAUAUCUUUGUACAUAAGUGGGACACUGAAGAAAGUGAUGACGGCGGCGCACAUAAAGGAGUUGAUCCGCUACAUCUACAACCAUCAGAAUGAGGAUGGGGGUUGGGGAUUUUACAUAGAAGGACACAGUACUAUGAUCGGAUCGGCUUUGAGCUACGUGGCGCUGAGGAUACUAGGCCAGGGACCGGAUGAUGGCAACGGCGCCAUGGCUAGGGGAAGGAAAUGGAUCCUUGAUCAUGAAGGCGCUACAGGAAUCCCGUCUUGGGGAAAAACCUAUCUUUCGGUUCUUGGAGUGUACAAAUGGGACGGUUGCAACCCACUUCCCCCGGAGUUCUGGCUCUUCCCUUCAGUCUUCCCUUAUCAUCCCGCAAAGAUGUGGUGUUAUUGUCGCACGACCUACAUGCCAAUGUCGUAUCUAUACGCUAGACAGUUCCACGGCCCCUUGACCGACCUUGUUUUAGCCAUCCGUAACGAAAUCCAUAUAAAGCCUUACGAUGAGAUAGACUGGAACAAGGCGCGCCACCACUGCUGCAAGGAAGAUCUUUACUAUCCUCACUCUAGGAUCCAAGAUCUUCUGUGGGACACUCUCAACUACUGCAGCGAGCCGUUGAUGAGGCGCUGGCCGUUGAACAAGAUCAGGCAGAAGGCCAUGGACAAGGCCAUCAAAUACAUGCGCUACAAUGCUGAGGAGACCAGAUACAUCACACUCGGAUGCGUCGAAAAAAGUCUGCAGAUGAUGUGUUGGUUUGCCCACGAUCCGAACUGCGAUGAAUUCAAGCAUCACAUAGCAAGAGUGCCCGAUUACAUGUGGCUAGCGGAAGACGGGAUGAAAAUGCAGAGCUUCGGGAGCCAGCUUUGGGACAGCGUUCUCGCGACUCAAGCGAUUAUCUCAACGGGGAUGGUUGAGGAAUACGGAGACUCUCUGAAGAAGGCGCAUUUCUACAUAAAGGAGUCUCAGGUGAAGCAGAAUCCCAAGGGGGAUUUCGCGGCCAUGUAUCGUCACUUCACCAAAGGCUCAUGGACUUUCUCGGAUCAAGAUCAGGGUUGGGUUGUUUCCGACUGCACGGCUGAAGCGCUCAAGUGUCUGCUCAUGUUGUCUCAAAUGCCGGCUGAGAUCGCAGGAGAGAAGGCUGAUGCUGGGCGCGUUUAUGAUGGUGUAAAUGUGCUACUUUAUCUGCAGAGUGCUUUAAGCGGCGGAUUUGCGAUAUGGGAGCCGCCAGUUCCGCAGCCGUAUCUGCAGGUUUUGAACCCUUCGGAGCUCUUUGCAGACAUUGUGGUUGAGUCAGAGCAUGUGGAGAACACUGCUUGUAUUAUCCAAGCACUCGUCUCGUUCAACCGUCUGUAUCCGGGGCAUCGCGCCAAGGAGAUAGAAGCCUCUGUUGCACAUGCAUUGAAGUUCCUUGAAGGAAGGCAAUGGCCUGAUGGCUCAUGGUAUGGAUACUGGGGAAUCUGCUUCAUGUACGGAACGUGCUUCGUCUUGGGAGGAUUUGCUGCAGCCGGGAAGACGUACGAGAACAACGAAUCAGUGCGAAAAGCAGUGAAUUUCUACUUAACAACACAGAAUGAGGAAGGUGGAUGGGGAGAAAGCCUUGAGUCUUGUCCAAGCAUGAAAUACAUUCCGUUGGAUGGGAACCGCAUGAAUUUGGUUCAGACAUCAUGGGCCAUGCUCGGUCUCAUGUAUGCCGGACAAGCAGAGAGGGAUCCGAAACCUUUACAUAAAGCAGCAAAGCUGUUGAUUAACGCGCAGAUGGAGGAUGGAGAUUUUCCACAAGAGGACAUAACAGGGGUGUACAUGAAGAAUUGCAUGCUGCAUUACGCGCAAUACAGGAAUAUAUUCCCGCUGUGGGCGUUGGGAGAGUAUCGUAAACGAGUCUGGUCAUCGCAAUGCUUUUAACGAAUAUCAGAUUAUAACCAAUAGUUAUAACCAAUAGUUAUAUUCAUAUGCAUAUGUGUGUGUUUGUCUAUUGAAGAAU